GCCUUCCGUUUGCUUCUUCUACGGUUCCAUCAUUGAUCGAAACCCCAGCAAACACAUCAAAUAAAACUUAAAAAGACAUAAAACAUAAGGAUCCUCUGCCUUUCAAUUACAUCUCUCUUUGUACGAUCUGCUCUGCUAAAAUCUCUCUUAGAAACCUAUUCAAAAACUGAACUUUAUCCAAUCCAAAAAUCAAGCCAAACCCUUUAAAUAUCUCCCUCCAAUCUAUUUCUCAAAAGGAAACAUCAGAUUUUCAAUCAUGGGAUUUGAUAAAGAAGCAAGUUCAUCUUCACAUGUUUUGAAGAUACCUCGGUUUCCAAGAGAAGACACCCCUUUAUUAAGCAAGAGACCUCCAGUUUCUUCUCAAGGCAAGACCUUUGCAAAUGUUUUCAUAGCUAUAGUUGGUGCAGGAGUUCUUGGCUUACCUUACACUUUCAAGAAAACAGGAUGGGUUAUGGGCUCUAUCAUGGUUUUCUCCGUUGCUUUCCUGACUUACUAUUGCAUGAUGUUGUUAGUGCAUACUCGUAGAAAGCUUGAAUCUUUAGAAGGAUUCUCAAAGAUUGCAUCUUUUGGUGAUCUGGGUUUUACUGUUUGUGGCCCUAUAGGUCGUUUUGCUGUUGAUAUUAUGAUUGUUCUUGCACAAGCUGGGUUUUGUGUUAGCUAUCUUAUUUUUAUUGCUAACACUUUAGCUUAUGUUGUUAAUCAUCAAUCCGGUGAUAGAAUUUUGGGCUUUUUGAGUCCCAAAGCUUUGUAUAUAUGGGGUUGUUUUCCUUUUCAGUUGGGGUUGAAUUCAAUUCCAACGUUGACCCAUUUGGCCCCACUUAGUAUUUUUGCUGAUGUUGUUGAUCUUGGAGCUAUGGGAGUGGUUAUGGUAGAGGAUGUGAUGGUAUUUUUGAAAAAUAGGCCAGCUUUAGAAGCUUUUGGUGGGUUCUCUGUUUUCUUUUAUGGUUUAGGUGUGGCUGUUUAUGCCUUUGAGGGAAUUGGUAUGGUAUUGCCAUUGGAGACUGAAGCUAAACACAAGGACAAUUUUGGUAGAGUGUUGGGGUUAUGUAUGGCUUUCAUUUCUUUGUUGUAUGGAGGUUUUGGGGUAUUGGGUUACUUUGCUUUUGGUGAAGAUACCAAGGAUAUAAUCACUACCAAUUUGGGACCUGGACUACUGAGCAAUCUUGUGCAGAUUGGUUUGUGUGUGAAUCUGUUCUUUACAUUCCCAUUGAUGAUGAAUCCAGUUUAUGAAGUGGUGGAGAGAAGGUUUUGUGAUUCUAGGUAUUCUAUAUGGCUGAGAUGGGUAGUUGUUUUGGGAGUGAGUUUGGUGGCUUUGUUGGUGCCUAAUUUUGCAGAUUUCUUGUCUCUAGUAGGGAGCAGCGUGUGUUGUAUUCUGGGGUUUGUGUUGCCUGCUUUGUUUCAUCUGUUGGUGUUCAAGGAAGAGCUGGGUUGGAAUGGUUUGCUUUUGGAUGGGGCUUUUGUGGUUUUUGGUGUCAUCAUUGCUGUCACCGGUACCUGGUCUUCCUUGAUGGAGAUAUUUGCAUCCAAGACCUCUUGAGUUACUUGACUAUGUUCUCCAGUUUUGAGCAGUUAUUAAUUAGAUUUCUGUAUUCAUCUAUUGAAAAUAUUACAAGUUGUAAUAAAAUAAACUGAUUGGUGGUGCAUUCCAGCAGGUGCAGACACCGCUAUUCUACUGGCAUGCUCGUUGGUGCAACAAAGGGGCAAGUGUGUGCUUGGCAUUGUAAAAUGUUUGAAGUUGUGUUUUUUUAAAAUAUAUAUUUGGUUAUUCUAUUUUUUUCAUCUUAAUAUCAAUUCAAUAAAAUUUUGUUGUAUGUACAUUUUUUUUUAA